AUGACAAUCCACCACCACCCUGACUUUAUUCCUUACCAAUAUGUUGUUUACAUUGAAGGAAAGAAGGAGCCGGAAGUAGUACAAGUUGAAGGCGAGGAUUCCGUUUACAGCAAAAUCCCAGGCGGUGUAAAAUUUCAUCAAGUCGUCAGGUUCAAAGUCAAGAAUAGAAAGAUGGAAAAUUUACGAUUUGUACAAAUUACGAAAAAGGCUGGUAUUACCUUCAAAAAGAUUGAAGUGAAUUUGGGAACCUUUGAGCCAUCUGAAACCGAAAUAUAUGAAGUAAAAACACCAGAGGAUCAAACCCCAGGGGGAUGGUUGACCAAGGGUAAGUACCCAUGCACAACUACUUAUUAUGAAGGUGACAAGGAGUUGUACACCGAUGACUGGACAUUGGAAUUAGUUUAG